AAUUUAGCCUUGUCUCACUCUCUGUUCUUCUGAGACUGGUCAUGGGCAGAAGACUAGGGCCCACACCCAGCAUAGGAAUUUCUGAGUCUGGCUCUUCUCCGGGAGAAUGUGAGUAACUGAAAAGUUCACCCUGAAAACAACAGAGGAAAGCAGUGACCAAGGCCCUGGGGCCGACAUUCUCCCUCCCUCUACUCACUUUCCUCCGGUUUGGAAGGAAAAGGCAGCAUAAGACUGAGUCUCCAAUUUAGCCCCGCUGGGCCUUAGGACCAGGAUGUGUUGCUUGUCUCAAUUCUCUUGAGCCAAUUUAGAGCCGUGAUCUUUCCAGCAGUGCUUCCGGCUGGCAGAGCCCACAGCUCUGGGCAGGCACCAUGGGUUUUGAUGAUCUGCUGGAUCAGGUUGGAGGUGUGGGAAAAUUCCAGGUUAUCCAGUUGGUUUUCCUCGCCAUUCCCAUCUGUUUCACCACCCCGCAGCUCCUGCUGGAGAAUUUCUCUGGAGCCAUCCCUGCCCACCGCUGUCGAAUCCCUCUCCUGGAUAAUCACACUGGUUCCUCGGGAGUCCUGGGGAAUCUGAGCACAGAAGCCCUGCUGAGAGUCUCUAUUCCCCUGGACCAGAACCAGAAGCUUGAGAAAUGCCACCGGUUCUCCCAAACCCAGUGGCCACUCUUAACCGAGAACGGGACAGGCCCACAGCCCCACGAGCCAGCCACUGAGCCCUGCGAGGACGGCUGGGUGUAUGACCGGAGCGUGUUUACCUCCACCUUUGUGACUGAGUGGGACCUGGUAUGCGAACUGCUGCCUCAGAAGGCAAUGUCUCAAUCAAUUUACAUGGCAGGGAUUCUGCUGGGCAGCAUCAUAUAUGGCCAUAUCUCAGAUCGGUUCGGACGAAAGUCUGUGCUGAUCUGGGCCUAUCUACAGCUGGGGAUGGCCAGUACCGGCGUUGCUUUCUCACCCACAUUAACUAUUUACCGCCUGCUCCGCUUCCUGUCGGCCUUUGCCUUGGCUGGGAUCAUGAUCAACACGGGGUCUCUCAUUCUGGAAUGGACUCCAACUGUAUCCCGGGCCUUCUUCAUGAUGAUGUUUGUAGCCUGCUACAGCGUGGGCCACUUGGUGUUGGCUGGGUUCGCAUAUGCCAUCAGAGACUGGCGCAGCCUCCAGGUGGCUGUGUCUGUGCCCUUCUUUGCCAUCUUCUUGUAUUCCUGGGGGUAUGCAGAGUCCGCUCGAUGGCUCAGCAUGGCAGGGAGGCCAGGCCAAGCACUGAAGGAGCUCCGGAAAGUUGCCCGGAUAAACAGGAAAGCAGUCGCGAAGGGCUGCCUGACAAUAGAGAUGCUGAGGUCCCUCUCGCAGGAUGAGCUGACAGCAGCGAAAUCCCACUAUACGGUGAUCGACUUGUUCCGCCUGCCCGCCCUGCGCCGGAUCUCCUGCUGCAUCACCUUGGCAUCGUUUGCAGUCACGUUUUCCUUCUAUGGCCAGUCCCUGGACCUGCAGGACCUCGGUGGCAACCUGUUCCUGACCCAGACACUGUUCGGCUCAGUUGACUUCCUGGCCAAGCUCAUGGCUUACAUCUUCUUGAACCACCUCAGCUGCCGCACGACCCUUUCAGUGUUCAUGGUCCUGUCUGGGCUUUUCCUCCUGGCCAACAUCUUUGUGCCUGCAGACCAGCCGGGCCUGCGUGUGGGAUUUGCCGUAAUUGGAAUUGGGUGUCUGGGAACGGCAGUCAGCUGCAUCACCCUGUGUGUGGGCGAACUGUACCCCACCGUGCUGAGGCAGACGAGCAGCGGGCUGGACCACGUUUCGAGGCGCAUCGGAGGCAUCCUGGCUCCUCUCUGGAGAAUAAUGGGGGGACACUUCUCACUUCUCCCCACAAUUUUCUACGGAGCCAUCCCCAUCACUGCUGGAAUAGCGGUCCUCUUCCUCCCCGAGACCCAAAACCGACCGCUGCCAGACACCAUCCAGGAUGUGGAGGGCUGGAAAAGCUCCCGGCAACAGAGACUCCAAGAUCCCAAGCAGGAAGACUUCUCUGAUAAAAUCACACAAUUUUAGGCCUCUUCCUCAAAGCCGGUGCCAGGGAAAGGAAUGGAGAAUCAGUCAGGUUCCAUCUCCUCCAAGAAGGGGGGUGUGGAUCCCCCACCUCCUGGGUUAGGGCCAGAAAGGGGGUUGGAGGGAGCCAGGGCUCCCCUUGCUUUCUUUCUCCAAGUCUUCCUCCAAUCCUGCUUCUCACUCUUGGAUAAAUCUCUUGCCUCUCCCUGCCUCACUUCUACCAAGACAAUAUUCUAAUUCCCACAUUGCUGCAGCUGUUCCAGACCUCGGCACUAAGAAAGAGACCUCCCCCUUCUUAUCAGGCCUUCUCUUAAUGCCCUUCUCCCUGCUACCCUCUUCUUUCUUCUCUUCUCCCUCUCUUCUCCCUAUCUCCUUCCCUCUCCUCCCAUUCCUCGGUUCUGUUUUUGUCUGGUGGGCUGUAGUGAUCACCUACUCAAGUUGGGGCUGUAAAUGGUUUUCUUUGCCAGGCUAUUGAUGCCAAUAGCGCUGAUCAAUAAAACAUGCUCCUUUCAAUA